AUGCCAUUAACUUUGAGUGGGAAAUUAACUACGUCCCACUCUCGAAAGAAGUACAUUGACAGUUUACUAUUGAAGAUUAACCAGCAGGCAGUUUCCAGCACUGGUACUUCGUGGAUCGGUGCACCAACCGAAAUCAUAGAAGCAGUAGCUAACCAGACCCGUGCUUACUAUGACUCAUUGAACAAGUUCUACACCGUCGACUGCUCGACAAUGAAGAGUCAACCUGACCUGAUGUUCACUAUCAACAAUGUCAAGUACAAUAUACCGCCCGAAGAAUACGUACUCGAUAUUGGUGUUGGAGACGGACAGGCGAGUGCUCCACCGCAGACACAGAACCUAUUAGUUGUUAAUAGUCGUUAG